UAAAAAAUUACGAGAAUUAGAUAAGAACCUUCCUUUAGUGACUGUAUGUUAUGAAUAACUUCGGAAAAAGAAAAGAAGUUCACAAUUAAUAGCUUUACUGCACCAUACUAUAAUGCGGCGUUUUACGAGAUGUUUGCAUACUAUUCGUUUGGAGUUGAACACCAAUAUGAAUUGCACCCGUCUACCCAGCUUAGCUAACUUUUGUGUUGUUCCUAAGUCUACAGAAGAGCAGAAGGAAGCUAUUAUUAGAUCCGCAAAAUCUAGCACAUUAAGGACCUCUUCACUGCAAGUACGUAAAUAUGCGCCAACAACCAGCUCCAUGACUGAAAGCGCAUGUUGGAAUUGUAACCAGAAAGGACGUAAAAAUCAUAUGUUAUGCUUAUCAUGUGGCUUCUUACAAGAUGUAGAUAUGGAAAUUAACUACUUUCAUUUACUUAAUUUAUCAAAUAAGUUUUCGUUGGAACCGCAAGAGCUAACACGACGAUUCAGGCAACUACAAACAUUGGUACAUCCUGACAAAUUCAGCAACAAAACAGAGCGGGAGCAGAAUAACUCUGCAGAGUGGAGUGCCCUCAUAAAUAGAGCCUACAAAACACUGUCUGCUCCAAUAGAGCGUGGUCAGUAUUUAUUAAAGUUGCAAGGAGAGCAAAUGCCGCAGGAUAAUAGCGCUUUGAAUAAGGAAUUUCUUAUGGAAAUGAUGGAGCUCAACGAGGAAGUGGCUGACACGAAGUCCAGUGAAGAUUUGCAGCGCCUAAAUGAGGACAUUGUGCAACAACUAAACGUAGCUGUGAAAGAGUUAAGCAUCAGCUUUGAGUCAAAAGCGUUGUCUGAGGCAAAGUCUUUACUAGUCAAAAUGAAGUAUUUACAAAGUGUGCAGAAGAGUAUCAAGAAUAAACUGCAAAAUAUGAUGGGUGGUUGAGCUUUCAGCAGAUCACCAAUCUAACGGUGUUCUUUGAAAUAAAUCCGAUUAGCUGUUUGGAUGAUUAAUUGGUAACUAAUACAUAAAUAUCAUAUCUAAUUAAAA